AAGAGGUCAGGUCCGUUCAAAAAUCAAGAGCCUGAGGAAGAGAGAGAGAGAAGCAAAGUGUAUCAACGAGGUAUCAGUGAUCUACCGCGGAAAGAAAGGAUCGCCAACGAGAAGUUUCAACGAUGUUGCGCAACAAAGCUUUCAUUCGAAAGACCAAGCGAGGAACUGUCGUGAAGAUCGUUAAGGAGCAUUACUUGCGAGAUGACAUCUAUUGCGGAGCAACGACGUGUGCUGUGUGUGAUCAGUCAGACCCGGUCCUCGACUCUCCGCGAAGUACUAGCAAGUUCAACGCUCCCCAUUUUAUAGUCCCCGAUACAAAUGUUCUGUUCCAUCAGAUUGAUGUGAUGGAGCACAAAGCUUUCACAAAUGUGAUCAUACUGCAAACCGUACUGGACGAGUUACGGCAUAGGAGUAUGCCAGUGUACGCCCGUGUUCGCACCUUAAUAGCCGACCCAGCACGCCGAUUCUACGUGUUUUCGAACGAACAUAAUCGCGAGACCUACAUAGAGAAGAAGAAGGAUGAGUCGCCGAAUGACAGGAAUGAUAGAGCGAUCCGGACGGCAGUGGCGUGGUAUUCCGUACAUUUGCGAGGGAAGCCAGCAACGGUGUUGGUCACGGAUGAUGCGGAUAACCGACGGAAAGCGUUGGCGGAGAAGCUUCCUGCCUUCUCAGUCCGCGAUUACGUCUCCUCAUUGACGGAGUUUCCCGAACUGGUGGAUAUGGUCGCAACUGUGAACGAGGAAAAUGUGGACGAAGAGGACAAAUGGUCUUACGCCGAGCAUCUGUCCCAGUCACAAAUCCAGGCGGGCUUGCGCUCAGGCGCCUUCCUUCAGGGAAAGAUCGGUAUCAGUCAAAACAACUUCCUUGAAGGGAGCAUCUUUGCGGAAGUGGAUAAGGAGGAGAAGACCGUCAUCAUUUUGGGAAGGGAACACCUGAAUAGGGCCAUCCACGGCGAUAUCGUCGCGGUACAACUGCUUCCGCGCGAGCAAUGGAAAGCACCCGUAGGGGUCAUCCUCGACGAGGAGCAAAUCGAUAAGGAAGAUGAUGAGGAUGUUCAGGCGGAGGAUGCAAAAGCAGAUGACGCUAUGGAUGUCGACGGUGCGGCAGCGGACCGUGUGCCCAUGGCGAAGGUCGUUGGGAUCAUCAAGCGGAAUUGGCGCCCACUCUGCGGAACGAUCGAAAAGGCGUCAGUGCGAUCAUCCGGGGGUGUGUCAACACAGCAGGCCGUAUUCUUCUGGGCCAUGGACAAGAAGAUUCCCAAGAUCAGGAUCCGGACGCGGCAGGCUGACGAGCUGGUUGGACGAAGAAUCAUUGUGACCAUUGAUGGCUGGGCAAAAAAUUCGCGAUACCCGUCGGGACACUACGUGCGGACGCUGGGAGAUGUCGGAGACAGGGCUACCGAAACGGAGGUUGUGUUGCUGGAGCACGAUGUGCCUUUCGCGCCAUUCUCGGCGCAGGUGCUGAGCUUCUUGCCGUUGGAAGGCGAAGACUGGAUCGUGCGUGAUGAGCAUAUGGCAGGGAGGGAAGAUUUCCGCCACAUGGAUAUCUGCAGUAUUGAUCCGCCCGGAUGCACAGAUAUUGACGAUGCUCUUCAUUGCCGACCACUUCCGAACGGCAAUAUGGAGGUCGGUGUGCACAUUGCCGACGUCAGUCACUUUGUGAGGCCUGACAAUGCUAUGGAUAUGGAAGCAAGAAGGCGUGGUACGACAGUCUACCUCGUCAACAAGCGUAUUGACAUGUUACCGGGUCUUCUCGGGACCAAUCUCUGCUCUCUUCGCUCGAACGUGGAUCGUCUCGCCUUCAGUUGUCUAUGGGAAAUGACCCCAGAUGCAAAGGUUCUUAACGUGCGUUUCACCAAGAGUGUCAUCCGUUCCAAAGCAUCUCUUACCUACGAUGAAGCGCAAGCACGCCUUGAUGACUCUACACUCACCGACCCGGUGAGCACUGGUAUCAAGCUCCUCAACAAGCUCGCGAAGAAGCUUCGCGCUAAGCGUUUGGCAGCUGGUGCCAUCACCCUCGCCUCGCCCGAAGUUCGUUUCAAGCUCGAGGAAGACCAACAGGACCCCGUCGACGUCGAGAUGAAGGAGCUCAAAGACACCAACGCCCUUGUCGAGGAGUUCAUGUUGCUAGCUAACAUCUGGGUAGCUCAGAAAGUUUACGAGGCUUUCCCGGAGAGCUCCAUGCUUAGAAGGCAUCCAAAACCACCUGCCAGCAACUUCGAAGGCUUGCAGAAGGCCGUCGGCGAGCUCGGGAUCACCCUCAAUGUCGACACCAGCAAAGAUUUAGCAGAAUCUCUCGACCGCGCUGUAGUCCCAAGUGACCCCUAUGUUAAUCAACUCAUCCGUAUUCUCACCACGCGGUGCAUGAUGCAGGCUGUGUAUUUCUGCUCGGGGACCGUACCGGAACAGGAUUUCUGGCAUUAUGGUCUUGCCAGCCACAUCUACACGCAUUUCACAUCGCCUAUUCGCCGUUAUGCGGAUUUAAUUGUUCAUCGGUUGCUUGCUGUGGCGAUCGGGUAUGAGAAGUCGUAUGCCUCGGAGUUGGUGGAUAAGAUGAAGUUGAAGGAUCUGAGUGAUGUUCUGAACUACCGUCAUCGCCAAGCACAACAAGCAUCCCGCUCCUCGGUGGAGCUCUUCACAAACUUAUUCUUCAAAGACAAAACCGUCCGCGAAGAAGCCUACGUCAUCCGGGUCAUGAAAAACGGUUUCUCAGUUCUGAUACCCAAAUACGGCAUCGAAGGUUACGUCUACGCAUCUCCAGACGACACAUCAUCACCGUCCACCGACGUCAACAAGAACAACAAGCGACAGCGGGACGCGGCGCCGGUUGUCAGCCCGUUCGUGUAUGACGCGGAGCGGAAUAGGCUGAUUGCGGGAGAGGUCGAGAUUAAGCUGUUUGCGAAGGUGAAGGUUUUGGUGUUUGUGGAGGAGGCGGGAGGCGCUGCGAGAAGGAGCAGGCUUUGUGUGAAGCUGUUGGAGCCGUUUGUGGAGGGUGUGAGUGUACGGGAGGUGGCGCGGUGAGAUGUAGGUGAUGAGGCAGGUCACGUUUCACUCCUCCCAGUAUUGGACAAUCGUUUAGGGAAGUUAGUAGCUUUUUCUGAAGUAGGUCAAUUUCGAUCCGAUGUACUCUGGUAUUUUGUACAGUAGACAGGAGACCUAUUUAAUGAGAUGUGGCCGCCGCGGAUGCCUACUUCAGUACCUACGAUGCGCCUGCGCCUGGCCAUGAUCUCUAUGCCCGUGUCGAUAAGGAUCAUCUUGUCUUCGGUCCCUAUCCCUAUUCCUAUCGCCAUCCCCGUUACGGCCUCGGUCAUUCCCGCCAUUCCGACUAUAAGGAGAGAACCGAUUAUUGUGGGCAGAAGACUGGUAUCGUCCGUCGUUGUUCCUGUCUCGUCCAUAGGGUGUAUCUGGUGGUGGCCUCCUGCUUGCCUGAAGAU